AUGAGUAUGAUUCCAAAAGGGAAUUCGAAGUCUGGCCUUCCAAUGCAGCGCUCAGUGCCAAUCUUGGCGCUUCUCGCGCUUUGUUGGAGCCCAGGCUUUGUUGGUCGGGAAUGGCGUAUAUGGCCAGCUGCACGUCCAGCGCCUGCAGCACCUGCAGGGCUGCGUGCCAGGUCCGCACGUCCAGCUGUGCAAUUCCAACGGGCCGGCUCACACUCUGGACCAGAUGCCCAACGGCUACUGUCACAGCAGUCCAAGCCACUCCUGGUGUUUCUUCCAGGCAUCGAUGGCGCUGCCCGACUCCGCUCCGUGCAAUUCCGCCGGCUCUGGACCUUCUACGACUCAUGGGCCAUGGAUGUGACCGCCGAUGACCGGAGCGACCUUGAUGAGCUGCUGAACAUGCUUGAGACCUUUAUCAAGGAGCAUCGCGCUGACAGGCCGGUGCUGCUUGUGGCAGAGUCCAUGGGUGCGGUGUUGGCGCUGAAUUUGGCCUUCAACCAACCCAAGCUAAAUGAAGCUCUUUGUUUGAUCAAUCCGGCCACCAGCUACAGAAGAACGCCGUUGUCAUUGUUGGCGCCGUUGCUUCCAAGCCUACCGGAGAACCUCUAUGAGACCCUGCCAGCCGUGAUCACACCACUGGUUGGCCGAGUUGGCUGGUAUGAGGGAGUCAUUAGCUCCCAGCAAGUUGACUCCGCUGGCUCCAGCCCUUUGGAGAACUUCCUGCGCAUCAGCCGCGGCUUGAGCAAAGCGUUGCCUCCAGAAACCCUGCGCUUUCGUGAGUCUCUCCUGCGCAAGGGUUUGCGGCGUUUGGAGCCCAGGAUGGCGGAUCCACCGGCCAUUGUCACUCUCCUGGUGGCCGGGGAUGCGGACGCAGUUCUACCAUCAGUGGCCGAAACGGCACGCUUGCAGAAGUUGCUUCCAGGUGCUCAGCGGGUCGUUCUGCCAGGGGUUGCGCAUGCUUGCUUUGACGAUGUGAACAAUGUGAACCUGCUUUCUUUGCUGACGGAUGCUGGCAUUACACAACGUUUGACGCAAGCCAAGGUGAGCACACCGAGCUUGACCCCGAAAACGUGGCUUGACAGAUCCCUACUUCAGGCCCGCUCCUGGGUGUCUCCGGUCUUUCUGUCCACCGCGCAUGGCCGUGUCAUGCCGGGCUUACCCGUGGUCGAUGCCGAGACGCCGUUGCUGUUGGUUGGGAACCACCAGCUGUUCAGCUUGGACGGGAUCUUCAUAGUCGAAGAGUUUUUGCGCGAACAGCAGCGGUUGGUCACUGCCAUGGUAUACCCGCCACUGUUGGAUGAAGUGUCGCCGCUAGAUCCUUUGCCAUAUCCUUUUCCUGGUUCUUUGGAGCUCUUUGAGAAGUUUCAGGUGAAACCCACAAGCCCACGAAACCUACUGAAGACGCUGCGCCCGGGCAACGCUGCUUUGCUCUUCCCUGGUGGCGCUCGUGAGGUCUUCAAGCGCAAAGGUGAAGAGUACCAACUCUUUUGGCCUGAUGCGCCUGACUUGGUGCGGAUAGCUGCAAAGGCCAAUGCCACCAUCGUCCCGUUCAGUGGGGUUGGUAGCGACGAGUUUUUUGCCGGCACUGUGCUCGAUUCAGACGAGCUGCUUGGGUUGCCGGUGAUUGGAGAUUGGUUUCGGGAGCGUAUUCAGAAUUUGCCAACCUUUGUUGAGGAUGACGUGUUCGUGCCACCGGUGCCAGUACCACGGAUCCAAGGACCCAGGCGAAAUUACUUCCUCUUCGGCGAACCGGUACCCACAGCUGAGGUUGACCACAAAGACCGCGCAGCGUGCGCAGAAAUCUAUUCUCAGAUUCGCAGUGCUGUCAAGGUUGGGAUGGACUACCUGUUGUCCGCACGUGAAGACGACCCCUUCGAGGACAUGCCAGGAAGAUAUGCCUGGGAACAGGCGACUGGAGUCCAGGCGCCUUCAUUUGAUUUGCGGAAGUGGGGGCGUGUAGCCCAGGCUGGAGCCAAAGCAUCGCCCACAAGCCAGAACUCCUUUUGGUCCUCGCCCGCAGCCAGGCCAGCGAAGCUUCGAACGGAGGGCCCUGACGAUGGGCAGACGCUCCUCGCUCGUGGGCCACAGGUCCGUGAGUUGAUGUGUGCGGGUCCCCUGCUUCGCCGGUGUCAUGCAUCGCCACUCCAUGGCGCUGCCAAUCUCUUUACACUGAUCUUCCUGCUUUUCUGGAGCAGAGCUUUGCAUUUUGCUAUGCUUUGCUCAUGGCUCCUCCGAACUUUUUAAGACUUUCCCGUGCCGGGAUCUGGCAACACCUGCCAGGGCGGCAGGCUUUUCCUUGCAGCAUCUGGAAAUCUGGGCGUGCAGCCCCUCGUGAAACAACAAGCUGGCGAUGUAA